AUGAUCGAGACGAUCGAGACCGUCGUAACACCGGCAGCCAUUCAAUCGCAAUUCCCGACUCUCAUCAACCUCGACGCCGAAGAGAUGGCUGCACUGGAGAAGCGCCUCAUAAAGCGACUCGACUGGCGUCUACUCCCAACCAUAACCAUCAUGUUCUUAAUGAACUACCUCGAUCGCAUAAAUGUCUCAAAUGCUCGACUCGCUGGCCUUCAAGAUGAUCUUGGAAUGACAGAUACUGUGUGGAACGCUGGUAUCUCAACAUUCUACGUGGGUUACUUGGUUGGACAACUUCCCGGAAACUUGUGGCUCGCCAAAGUGCGGCCGAGUAUCCUCCUGCCAUCCAUGAUGAUCGCGUGGUCCAUCUGUACUAUCUGCAUGCCUGCAGUCACGAACGGCGCUGGUUUCUGUCUCAUUCGCUUCUGCACUGGAUUGGCCGAAGCUCCAUUCUUCCCUGGCAUCACUCUCAUGACCUCCUCAUGGUACAACAAGCACGAGAGUCCAAUGAGGAUGGCCGUUUGGCACGCAGGCAAUACCAUCUCUAACAUUAUCUCCGGUUUCCUGGCAGCUGGCAUCCUAUACAAAAUGGGCGACGUGGCAGGCGUACACAGCUGGCAGUGGUUCUUUAUCAUCGAAGGUGGAGUCAGCAUCUUGGUCGCAAUCGUCGCUUUCUUCCUCCUUCCUGACUGGCCGGAGAACACUCGAUGGCUGAAGCAGGAUGAGAGCGAGAUGGCCCAAUACCGAUCCCUCAUGUCAAACGGUGGCAAGCGCGAAGAAGUCGGAGGUACCUGGGACGGUUUGAAAGAAGCUGUCAAGGACCCCUUCACAUGGAUGUUCUGCGCCAUGCACUUCUCUCUGAUCAACGCCCAAAGCUUCAAGGAUUUCUUCCCAUCGAUCGUCAAGACGUUUGGCUUCGGCGAGCUUGAGACCUACCUCGUCCAGGCACCUCCAUAUGCCAUCGCCUACCUCGUUGCAUGCUUGGCCGCCUACUCCUCCGGCAGAUUCCAGGAAUCGACAUAUCACAUCGUCGUGCCUAUCGCCUUCUCGGCAAUUGGAUGCUCGAUCCUGAUCUCCACUCUCAACGUCGGCGCCCGUUAUUUUGGCGUCAUCUUAUUGGUUUCCGGAACUUACAGUGGUCUCAACUUGCAACUUUCCUGGGAGACAACACUCGUGCCAGCCCCACGAUCCAAGAAAGCCGCGCUUGUUGCGAUUGCGAACUGUGUAUCGCAGUGUUCGCAUUGGUUUUCACCCCAUUUCUUUCCCACGAGCCAGGAGCCCUUCUACCGCCUCGGGGGCGGGUUAAUACUUUUCGGCUGUCUCAGCACGGCAGGACUGUGCUGGCUGAUCAAGUGGUGGGCAAACAGACUGAACAAGAAGCUGGAUCAGGCGGAAGGGUGGACCGAACAUACUGGUGCUGAGCGAGGCUGGAGAUAUUCAACUUGA